AUGAUGCUCCCAGAAAAUAUUCAAAAAAAGCUCGCCGAGGGGAACGCUCGUGCCGCAUCACGUGGGUUCACCCUUGAUUACCAGAACGAACGGGAACAGGAAGAAAAUACCAUUUGCCACAAGGAGCUAGCACCGGCUACGCUCCAAAAUUACGAAAAUACUGCAUUGAACUGGGCAUUGUGGAGGUUAUCCCGCAACGAAGCAGCUAACGCUAACUUUACAAAAGAGGAGCCUGAUCCUACCCCGCAACUCCUGAAGUCCUUUGCGGAAUAUUUCAUUGCUACAAGGAAAGAUUUGCCGUCACAGAAGACGGCCUGUCAGAACUUCAUCAAUUUUACUUCAAGAUGGGAGCGGGAAACUUCUCGUUCUUUGCCGAGCCAAGUUAAAGAUGAUGUUAUGAAUUAUAUUAGGAACGACCUGACGGUCAAAUACAGUCUAAGAACCAAGCCGCAAGAACGCUUCAUGGUCAUGGCUAAAGAUAUUAAAUAUCUUCUUCGUGGCCUAUUUAGGGAUGAUUGGCAUGAUUAUAAACAUAAGCGAGCCCGCGUGCAGAUAGGAAGCUCUCUCGCAUUGUUUUCUGGCUCUGGCUCCAGGGCAGGUGCUAUCAUAGAAUCAAGCUCAUACCGUGAUUCUAAUAAGUGCCUCUACUACAAGAGCUCUGAAACAGGCCGGUCAAAGCGUUGGGUGACGAUCGACUCUAAGUUUCUCAAAGGAUGGCGCCAUCGAGACGAUAAAUACCUAGAGCACCCAGUCCUUGGACUUAAUUUUGUCUUCUGGGUAAUCGUGCAUGGGGUCGCCGAUGGUGCCUUUAAGGGGCUUAACACGGUGGCAGACGUCCUUGCAGUAAGACCUCCAGAAGGAAGAGAAUCAUAUACGAUUGAAAUGGUGAAUCCAGAAGGGCCGUCUCCCAACAGAGCAUUAACUUUCUCCUCUCUCCGGCAUAACAAUACAAGUUUGGCUCAGAGACAGUGCUUCAGAGAUAAAUUACGCGUCCAUAGAAUUCGAGCAAAUAUUGCAAACUGCAUUGAUCCCAAGGCGUCAGAGGCUACUCGAGGCCAGGCCCUUAACCAUCAAAACCAUAACAUAUAUCUCAAAUAUCAGUCCGUUCUUAAAUCUUUGGACAUCCAAGCUCUGAUCCACGAUCUCAAGCCUGAUUACAAAUACUGUAACAUAGAGCAAAGUAUAGCCUAUCACCGAGACCUCAAUGCCCCGCAGAAAUUGGACGCGGCCACCAUCGCAGUAUUCGAAGAGACAGAAGAGAUUAAAAUAAUGAACCAGAGAAUCACUUAUCUGACCUCUGUAAUUGCUGGUUAA